AUGUGUUACGGCUCAGUGGUUACAUGGCCCUGUGUCCAGUGUUCAAUUGCUAGCGGUCGUCUGAACCCAUUGACUGAUGGGAGGAUACCUCGAGGUUUGGCUUCACGUACGUCAUGCGGGCCCAAGGGACUACAAGUGAAAUUGGAUUUAUACAAAACGGCUACCACGGAAACAACAAAGAUUCUUGCACCACAGACGACAGGCGCGGACAGUGCGAGCGGCGGCUCAGGCGGGUCUGGUAUGGAGUGCCUCCAACUACGAUCACCUCCCGGACCAGCAUUCCACUACCUCAUCUCGGAGCAGGCUAAGUCUCUCGUCGCCUUACAGGAACUCCAGAAUGAGGUCGGGGCCCUGUUGGAGUUCCGUGAUCUCGUCAUCGAGACGUUCCCCAACCUUCGGUCCAAGAUGGCGCCGUCGACGCCGGCCAGUGGCACGCGUCGAGACUGGGAGCCAGGGGUCCGCGUGCGGCGGAAACUGGCCGCUGGGGGAGGAGAGCCAAGGACGAAGCCCCAGCCCUCCGUACAAGAUUCGGGCUUUAGCACAGAAACCUCCUGCAAGGACGCGCACUCGGCCGCCGCGGCCCGCCCGCGACCGCUAGAAGACGAACUAUGGGCCUUACUAGAUGUGAUACAACGAAAAGGCGUCCGGCUUAGAGACGAAGCGGAACUCUUGAGAGGGGAACUGGAUGAAAAGCAUUCGGAAACAGCCGAGGAAUCAUUCGCCAGAGCGUUAUCUACAAGCGAUUGUACGGAUGUCGUGCGGCUGAGGAGCGAGCGGGACGCUCUAUUAGCACACGCCGCACAUUUAGAAGCGGAGGCGGAAGCGGGAGCGGGAACGACGAGUCCAGUGUGCACUCCACUAGGCCGCCUGGAUCGAGCUCUGGCCACGCCCGCUCGCACGCCGCGUGUGACCACACCCGACUCAAAGAAGUUUGCAGCGAUUCUCCAAGAGAGCAAUCCCGUAGAACUUCGCCGUCAUCUUCUCAUAUCCACGGUACAGAAUCAGGUGUUCAGUGACCAGUUACGGCGCGCCUCUUCCCAGCGGAACGCUCUACUAGAACAACUGAAACUAGUCGGAGAUGAGAACGAGGACCUUAAAUUCAGGCUCGAGGAGAAAUGUAUUGAACUGGAGGGAGCCCGGGCUCGGGUUCGUCAGUUAGAGGCUCAGGGCGUUAGUGCUGAUAGAAGCAGCAUGAGGGACCUGCAGCCAGUGAUGCUGCCAGACGAGCCGGGGCUGUCCGAGACCCCACGACAGCGGCCGAGUCGCAUCCCGCGUCAUAAGGCCGCGGCCCCCAGGCCCCCCACCGGCGGGGGCACCUCUACAAGCGGGGGGCCCGGCGUGUCCCGGCCGCCGUCCUCUCACUCGGUCCGCUCGAGCCGCUCGGCGACCUCAUACCGCAGCCGCCAGCCGUCGUCGGGAGGCCCCGCCGCGCCAGGCCCCCGUAAAGACAAAUCCUCAGUCCCCGUUCGCCGCUCGCCCUCUCACGACCCCAAGACGCUGUGGACGGAAAGUGCGCGGGCGUCGCUAGUGUUGGAAUACGUAGCUCGGACCGAGCGGCUCGCCACAUUGGCGCCACGUCUCGCCACACUGGCGCCGCCACUCGCCACACGGGCUCCUCUACCCGGGCCUACACUGCCCCGUACGAGGCCCCUACCAGCCGACGUCGAACUCGACUACCGCCUAGCUUAUACUCCGCCUCAGAACCUAGCACUGGAACUCACAAGGUCCAUCCUAUACGAAAACGCGGACUCCAUAGAAAUCAAACUCAAGUCACUCAACGAAGAUUCGCUGUGGAACGGAAAACCACAGAAAUACUUCGAGAGCUUGAACUAUGAUGAUGAUUCCAAAGACUUUGAGGACGAUUCCUUAGCUUGA